AAUAUUUUUUAAAUAAUUCUCUACAAUUUCACAAAACGUAUCAGUGUUUCUUGGGGUCUUGGUCAUUUUAAAUAAAUACUUGCAAGUAAUUUUUCAAGCAAAAUAUCAAAAUUUCUGAUUCUAGCAUCUCCUGUAUGAAUAAUUUUGUUUCAUUGUAAACAGUAUAUAUAUAUUUAUUAUUUUUCGCCAUUCAUUAUUUUUAGGCUAACCUUAAUGAUGAAUAAAUAGGUGCAGAUGAGUAUUUGUAUAACAUUGAAUCUAAAUAAUAAUAAUAAUACAUAACAUUUCUAUAUCGCUUUUCAUAGUACUCAAAGUACUUAAGUACUCUUAUUUCAAUGCACUACUAUUGUUUCGUAAAUUCUACCCACACGUUCUGUGUGUGUUAAUUUGGAAGGAGUCGUCCUCUCCUUCUCUAAAUAAUGUGUCACGGCCUGCGAGGAUGACCCAGUGUGUCGACCCUCCCUCCCCCGGAAACACGUUUGUCUCUUAUUAUGUAACGGCCAGCGCUACAACUCCUCCAGCGGCCCGCCCCCAAGCAGCCGGCGCAAUCCUAAAAAAAGAGAGACGUCAAACUGGAUUGUAAUUAAAGAUUUAAAACUCAGUCGUGCUGACAAUCGGGCCCAGAAACAUCUCUGAAUGCUCCGUACGCUUCUAGAAAUAGUUUUUUAAUGACAGUUCUGAUAGUAAAUCAACGUUAUUAUCAGCGUGGGGGAAAAGUAUUGUCGACCGUCCAUCCCUCUGUCGUUCAUAAAGGACAUUUCAGUGCUCCGUCAAAACAAAGAUCCUCUCUGGUCUUCUUCUAUAUGUGUAAUAAUAAUAACUUUAUUUAUAUAGCACCUUUUAAAAACAAUGUUUACAAAGUGCUCCACAGAGUCAAAGCAAAACAAGUGGAAUAGCAAGAAACCAAUAUUACAUUUAAAAGUAUAUAUUAAAAUAAAAUAAAAAAUGAAUUAAAAAUAAAUUAAAAACGGACAAACUAAAUUAGGGGAACCAAAUUUCUGCAUAAAAAGACUAGAUCACUUAAAAGCUGUUCUAUAAAAAUGGGUUUUAAGAAGUUACUGAUUCUGCGAGCCUUAUCCCCUCCGGUGUCGGGUAGCGUUCGUCCUGUUGUUGUUUUUAUUGACACAGACCUGCUGCUGUCAUCUGGUUUUCCCCAACUCCAAUUUGCACUCUGCGCAUGCGUUUAUUUGUCUUCGUUGACGCGAGCCAACCAUCCCUCAAACUUUUGAAAAACGUCUGAUUUAUCUUCAGACAUCAAACCCAACACGUGGGUUUUUUCCCCCCGUCGUGUUUGCGGACGAACGCUCGGCGUCUCCGUGUUUACGCCGUCGGUGGGAUUUGUGAAUGUAGGCCAGCGGCGUCCCUCUUACGGCAGAGCAGCUGUGACCAUGGAGGAGGUCGCGGCGCACAGCAGUCUGCCAGAGCAGAGAGGGAGGGAGAGAUGCUAGAGAGGGAGAGAGAGAGAUGCUAGAGAGACGGAGAGACUGAGAGACUGAGAGACGCCGACCAUGAAGACCGUCUUCAGCCUGCACAGGAAGUGGGCCCACGCCGUCGAGACCAUACGCAUCCUUCAGGGCAUCAACCCGGUGAUGGAGGAGACCGUGUGGGAGCAGUACACCGUCACGCUGCAGAGGGAUCCGAAGAUGGGCUUCGGCAUCGCGGUGUCGGGGGGGCGAGACAACCCCAACGAGGGCAGCGGGGAGACGUCCAUCGUGGUGUCCGACGUCCUGCCGGGAGGACCCGGCGACGGCUUCUUGUUUGAGAACGACCGCGUGAUCCAGGUGAACGCCAUCCCCAUGGAGGGCGCCGUGCACUCCUUCGCCGUCCAGACCCUCAGGAAGUGCGGCAAAGUGGCCAAAAUCACGGUCAAGAGGCCCCGGAAGGUUCCGGUGAACGCGGUGCACCGCCCCCCGUCGCCCGUCGACCGGGUCUUCAACAACGACUACAACGACGACUACAACUACGACCAGGACCGCCGCAGCGUGUACAGCGGGCGCAGCGCGGGGGGGCGGGACCACAGCCCGGAGAGGGAGCGCUACACGGACUCUGGCUACCAGACGCGCGACUACGACCGCGACUACGACCGGCGGGACCACGGCAGGAGCGCGGAGAGGGACCCGAGCCCGGACCGGCAGUACAGGAGGGACGGCAGCAGGGGGCGCGCUCUGGAGCGAGAGCGCAGCCCGGAGCGGCCGUACCACGGCGCCGACCGCAGCCCGGAUCGGCGCUUCCGCAGCGAGCGCGCCCUGGACCGGCCGGCCAGCCCGGACCGGCGGUACCGCAGCGAGCGGACGCUGGACCGCGCCGACAGCCCGGACCUGCGGCACGGCGGGCGCGGCCGCAGCUUCGAGCGCGGCGACCAGAGGAAGUUCGAGGAGCCGCCGAUGAAGAGGAGCGGCAGCCGGGACCGCCUGGCGCGCUCGCCGUCGCCCGCCGCCAUGCCCAUCCCUCUGGCGCGGGCCGCCGCCCGGGACAUGGAGCCGCUGGAGAAACCCAUGAGCAUCAUGCUGCUGAAGAACCGGCCCCACGAGGAGUACGGCCUUCGUCUCGGCAGCCAGCUCUUCAUCAAAGAGAUGACGAGCACAGGACUGGCCAGCAGAGACGGGAACCUGCAGGAAGGAGACAUCAUCCUAAAGAUUAACGGCACGGCGACGGAGAACCUGUCGCUCAGCGACGCCGGGAAGCUGAUCGAGAAGUCCCGCGGGAAGCUGCAGCUGAUGGUGCAGCGGGACAAGCAGCAGGUUCUGAUCCGAGUGCCGCCGAUGGCCGACAGCGACUCUGAGCUGGACGACAUCUCCGAGAUCGAGUCGUACCGCUCCUACUCGCCGCCGGACGGGAGGCGGGGCCACCACUCCGACCUCUCCUCCCACUCCUCCAAUGAGAGGCUGAGGGAGAAGCCGAGAGAGGACCCGCCCAGCAGACUGGCAAAGAUGGGCGCCAUGCCGACGCCGUUCAGGCUUCCCGACAGGGCCGCACAGGACAAGCCCCCUUUGCAGGCGGAGAGGGAGGAGCCACGGCCGGAGACGCCUCCAGUCCCGGUCCACGCGGCGCCGCGGGUCCACGCUGCUCCCAAGGCGCCGCUGAAGCCCAGCAUCGAGGACCAGGAGGUGUACGGGCCCAACACGGUGAUGGUGCGCUUCCACAAAGGGGACAGCGUGGGGCUGAGGCUGGCGGGCGGGAACGACGUCGGCAUCUUCAUCGCCGGGGUCCAGGAGGACAGCGCCGCGGAGCAGGAGGGCCUCCUCACGGGAGACCAGAUCGUGAAGGUGAACAACAUGGACUUCCGGGGCAUGGUGCGCGAGGACGCCGUCCUCUACCUCCUGGAGAUCCCCAAAGGAGAAGACGUGACCAUUCUGGCUCAAAGCAAGCCUGAAGUGUACGAGGACAUUUUGGAGUCGGGCCGAGGGGACUCCUUCUUCAUCCGGACCCACUUUGAGUACGAGAAGGAGGCUCCUCUGAGCCUGCCCUUCUCCAGAGGACAGAUCUUCAAGGUCACGGACACGCUCUACGACGGCAAGCUGGGCAACUGGCUGGCCGUCCGCUCCGACAAGGACAACCAGCUGCGGGAGAAAGGCAUCAUCCCCAGCAAGAGCCGGGCGGAGCAGAUGGCCAACGUCCAGAACGCCGCCGGCGUGACGUCGGGCAACGACAGAGGAGACUUCUGGAGGCUGAGGGGUCAGCGGGCGGCCAAGAAGAAGGACUUGCGCAAGAGCCGAGAGGACCUGAGCGCCGCGCCCGUCACCACCAAGUUCCCCGCGUACGAGAGGGUGGUCCUACGGGAAGCCGGUUUCCAGAGGCCGGUCGUCAUAUUUGGGCCCAUUUCCGACGCAGUGAACGAGAAGCUGGCCAACGACAUGCCGGGCCAGUUUGUGGUCGCCAAAAUGGAGCCCAAGGACGCAGGAAGUGAGAAGUCGUCCGGCGUGGUGAGACUGAACACCAUCAGACAAAUCAUCGAGCAGGACCGCCACGCCCUGCUGGACGUGACGCCCAAAGCCGUGGACACCCUGAACUACACCCAGUGGUAUCCCAUCGUCAUCUUCCUGAACCCGGACAGCAAGCAGGGCGUGAAGACCAUGAGGAGCCGCCUGGUGCCCGGCUCCACGCGCAGCGCCCGCAAGCUGCACGAGCAGGCCGUGAAGCUGAGGAAGAGCUGCUCGCACCUCUUCACCGACACCGUGAACCUGAACGCCGCCAACGACGCCUGGUACGGCAGCGUGAAGGACUCCAUCCAGGAGCAGCAGGACCGCGCCGUGUGGGUGUGUGACGGCAAGCUGGAAGGCUCAGAGGAGGACCUGGACCUCCAGGACGACCGCAUGUCCUACCUGUCGGCGAUGAGCGCCGACUACCUGAGCAUGGACAGCCGGCUCACCAGCGACUACGACGACACGGCGGACGAGGGCGGGGCUUACACCGACAACGAGCUGGACGAGCCGCUGGACGAGCCGCAGCCGCUGUCCGCCAUCGGCCGCUCAUCGGAGCCCGUGCUGCCGGACGAGAAGCCUCAUCCUGAACCCCGGGCUCGAAUGAGGCGGUCAGGGAGCCGGGAGAGGCUGAACAGAGACCCCAGCCCGCCCCUCCCUCAUUUUGUCCCCGACCCUCCCAAGGUGCGCACUCGGACCGACUCCACCCGGAGCUACGACUCUCACUCCAGCAGCACCGUCGGCAGCGACCCGGUGGGCGUGAACAAGCCCCUCCCCCCCCCCGUGGCCCUGAAGCCCCCCGUCCCGCGUCACGGCCUCCCGGCGGAGGAGCGCGGCCCCGCGGAAGACGACCCCACCAACACAUCCUUCCUGGGCAAGAAAAUGGGUGAUCAGAUAAAAGCUUUUGAGAAGAUGGACCACCUGGCCCGAGCUCAGAGGAUCCUGGAGCUGCAGGAGGCAGAAAAUGCCAGAUUGGAAAUCGCCCAGAAGCAUCCAGACAUCUACGCCAUCCCAGUGAAACCGCCAAAGCCCAACCUCAACCGUCCUCAGCCAAUCGGUUCGAGCUCCAAUCCCGAGCAGGCCUCCCGGCCGCCGCACUCCGAGUCCAGGGGCUACGAGGAGGACGAGGCGGAGUACCGCCAGCAGCUGGUGGACCAGACCAAGAGGGGCUACUUCAACCCGCAGAGGUACAACGACACGGAGCUGUAGGCCCGGGAACCAGGAAGUGACAUCGCCACCGCUCCGGGCGCAGGCGGCGCGCGUUGCCGCGGUAACGACUCGCGCAACUUGACGUAAACUCUCAAAGUUUGCGUUCCCGUUUUCUGAAAAAUAUGUCGAUUCCAGACACUUUUCAACACACAGAGCGAACACUCGCCUUGUUCGCAGAUGUUUGUCAGUGUAUAUAUUAUAUAUCCUAUAUUGUUUUUAUGUGUCUGAAAGAGGUUUUAUUUCCCCUCAUUUUAUAUCUUAUAGACACUUUUUACAUUAGAGUGGGAGCUGAGCCGUUCCUCUGAGGAUAAAUAGCCUGGAGGUUGUUCAGCUGCACUUCUUCUUCUUCUUCUGUAGUUUUUAAAUGACCGCUGCAGCUGCUUUGGAGCAGGCCGGCUGAUUGGCCGCUAGAGAAGUCUAAAGCACACGAUGAGGAAGGACAUGUGGCUAGCAGCUUAGUUUUUUAUAUCGGAAAGGAAAGUUUUAAGGAUUCUGGGUUUGACUUUUUAGAUCAUGGAGUGGCAGGUUUUUAUUUUUCAGAAGAACGGACGCUUCGCCUCCGCCACACCGUCAACUCGCUUGUUUCACUCAAACCGUGUCAGUGGGACACACACACACACACACACACACACACAGAUGCAGGGUAGAAAUGUUUCUGAAGGCCAACCCCCGUAAAUUAGCAUCUCUCUGGUUCCCUUGUCAAACAGCCACGGUAUCAUCACAGUACAUAAGCUCUGUGGCAAACACACAUUUGUGAUACUUUUUUACGACUUUUAUGAAUGUUUUUAUUCAUAUUUUUUUUAAGCGUGAAUUCAAAUUGCCAGGAAAAGGAAAAAAGUAACAACGGUGGACCUGUCGGCACGGUAACCUGCAAGUCAUCUCAUUUAGCCACGCCCCCUUUUUAAAGAAGAAUAAGCUUCUAAAUUCACAAUUGAUUUUGACCGACGUAUUUUAUGUCCUGAGGAUAAAAAGCCAUCGACUUUGAGACGAGGGAACCAGAAGUGCAAAUAUCUCUGAUUCCUAUUAUAUUUAUAUUUUAUAUAUAUAUUUGAUAUGUAGAUUUAUUCAAAUAUAUAUAUUUAUAUUUGUAUAUUUAGAUAUUUAUAUUUUAUAUAUAUACUAUAUAUAUAUAUAUUUGAUAUGUAUAUUUAUUCAUAUAUAUUAUUUAUAUAUAUAUUUAUAUUGUAUAUGUAUGUUUAGAUAUAUAUUCUAUUUACAUAUAUAUUUAUAUGUUAUAUAUAUUUAAUAUGUAUAUAUAUAUACAUAGAAUAUAUAUAUAUAUAUAUAAAUAAAUAUUACAUACACACACACGCCCCAACUACACACUGUAAACUGUCCAGAACGUUUCAGUUCAUUGGACAUCUGGUGGAGAGGUGCAGGAGGAGCUCAAAGUCUGACGUCACACCUGAGAUGACGCAUGACAUCAUCUCUGCCGGUGUCACGGGGUUUCUGAGUUUAAAGGUGCAGGACAUUAGCGUAGGUUUAUGAGCUGCGGCCACCAGGGGGCAGCACACUGGAAUGUUUUUCGUAGCUGUGAAGUCUGUGGUGACAAUCAUGUGUGUGUGGUCAAUCAUGUGUGUGUGGUCAAUCAUGUGUGUGUGCGUCGGUCUGAAUGUAGUUUGAUCUCCUGUUACUGAAGAGACGUUUGGUCAACAAAUAAAAAAAUCACUUUUUUAAAACUU